AUGGCUGCAAAUGGAGUUGAAGACGUCACCGCCGCUGCCGCAAAGCUAGCUAUCGACGGAGACGCAAAGCAUCCCGCCCCGGGCGGGGCGCACGCCCCGCCCGCUGGCAACGGCCCACGCUCGGGUUCUCGCUAUGUACCCCCACAUCUUCGCAGCAAGAUGCUGCAGUCUGCGGACAGCGAUCCUGGCGAUUCCGCACCCCCGGUAUCCCGUCCCGUUCCUAACCACUCUAACUUUCAAAAUCGCUUCGGCGGUCCGCCCCCAGGCCAGUUUCGAGGCGGCUCCGGCGGGCGUGGAUGGUCUGACUCGGGCCCAGGGUCUAGGCAGAGAACUUGGGAUGAUAAAGGCCCAGCGAGUGGCAACACCAAAAGCCGCUGGAGUAAUGACGACUCCCCGUUCGGCAAUCAGGAUGACGUCGACGAUAAGGAUAUCUUCAAUGGCAUGAAUACUGGUAUUAACUUUGACAAGUACAAUGAUAUCCCCGUCGAGAUGUCGGGCAACAAUUGCGUUGUAGCUAUCGCUGACUUCCCGACUUCGGGUUUGCAUGUCAGGCUAUUGAAGAAUAUUAAGCUCGCAAAGUACACCACCCCGACUCCAGUCCAGAAAAACGCCAUCCCGAUCAUUGCAGCUGGUCGCGACCUCAUGGCCUGUGCCCAGACUGGUUCAGGGAAGACCGCUGCUUUCCUCGUCCCCACGAUCGACCGAAUGCUCGCCAUGGGAGCCCCUCCGCAACCUCCGGCGAACCAGCGCAGUUCUCGCCGUCGCAUUGUCUAUCCGACUGGUUUAGUCCUCGCACCCACUCGCGAACUGGCAAGCCAAAUCUACGAGGAGGCCCAAAAGUUCUGCCACCAGAGUGGUAUUCUUGCUCGUGUUGUGUACGGUGGUGCGGACGUUCGCGACCAAUUGCGUCAGCUCGAUCGUGGAUGCGACCUUAUCGUCGCCACCCCUGGCCGACUUGUCGAUAUGGUCGAAAGAGGUCGCAUUUCUCUCGAAUGUAUUCGCUUCCUCAUUCUGGAUGAAGCUGAUCGCAUGCUUGACAUGGGUUUCGAACCCCAGAUUCGUCAAAUUGUCGACGACUUUUAUCUCCCGGCCAAGGGCGAGCGACAGACCCUCAUGUUCUCAGCCACAUUCCCUAAAGAGAUUCAGCAACUUGCGUCAGACUUCCUUGAGGAUUAUAUUUUCCUCGCUGUUGGUCGUGUUGGUUCCACGACUGACUUUAUUCAGCAGAAGGUGGAGUACUGCGACGAAUCAUCGAAGCGUGACAUGGUUCUCAAUCUUCUCAAUACCAUCCCAGGACUUACGCUCGUAUUUGUCGAGACCAAGCGCGGUGCUGAUUCUCUUGAAGACUUCCUCAUUCGCCAGCAGUAUCCUGCCACGUCUAUUCACGGAGAUCGUUCGCAGACUGAGCGCGAGGAUGCGCUGCGUUCCUUCCGCUCUGGUAGAACUCCCAUUAUGGUUGCUACUGAUGUUGCCGCUCGCGGUCUCGAUAUUCCCAACGUGACACAUGUUAUCAACUUCGAUUUACCUAGUGAUAUUGAUGACUACGUGCACCGCAUCGGUCGAACUGGGCGAGCUGGAAACUCUGGACUUGCCACCGCUCUGAUCAAUGAUAAGAACAGGAACAUUGUGCGUGACCUUGUGGAACUACUAGGUGAGGCAGGACAGGAUGUCCCACCCUUCCUGACAGAAAUGUCGAGGUUCGUCUCCAGCUCAGGUGGACGUCGUCGCAACGGUGGCAACAAGUUUGGUGGGCGUGAUUACCGUAAGGAGGGCGGAGGUGGCGGUGGGCGCAGUGGAGGUGGGCGAUCUGGAGGUGGCGGAGGUGGGUACGGAGGCGGCGGGUACGGAGGUGGUGGCGGAGGGUAUGGAGGUGGUGGAUAUGGUGGUGGUGGGUACGGUGGAGGUGGGUAUGGUGGUGGUGGCGGUGGUAGUGGUGGUAGUGGUUCAUAUGGUGGUAGUGGUUCGUAUGGUGGUGGUGGUUAUGGAAAUCGAGGCGGAAGUGGCUGGUAA